GUUCAGAGAAGACGAAAAAGAAGAAAUGAAGUUGGUGUGGUCUCCGGAGACUGCAUCUAAGGCCUACUUAGAUACCGUUAAGUCGUGCGAGAAUCUUGAAACGCCUGACGCGGCGGAGCUAAUAGCUGCGAUGGCGGCUGGCUGGAACGCGAAGCUGAUCGUGGAAACAUGGUCAUACGGAGACGCAAUAGCCUCGAGUAUCGGCUUAGACGUCGCAAGCCAACACGCAAACGCUAGACACAUAUGCAUCGUACAAAACUCGAGAACAGAGUCGGCUUACCUCCAAGCCAUUCAAGAAUUAUCUUCAUCUCCCUUGAACUUACCAGAGACGAUCAUCUCCGAAGAACCCGAAAACGCGAUGAGGGAGAUACAAGGAAUCGAUUUCUUGGUCGUGGAUUGGCGGCACAAGGAACUCGCAGCGGCUGCGUUGAGGAACGCUACGUUUGGAAGCAGAGGAGCGGUUGUGGUUUGUAGAAACGGGUAUUCGAGAAGUUCUUCGGGUUUUAGCUGGAGAAGGGCUUUAAGAAGCAGGGAAGUUGUUAGAACUGUGACUCUUCCAGUCACCGGAGGUAUUGAGAUUGCUCAUGUGGCGGCUAGGAAUAAGAACUCGGGAAAGAGCGAGAAGGGUAAGAGAACAUGUGUUUAGUAUUUAGAAUGUAGUUAAAGAGACAAAAAAAAAUAAAAGACAAAACUGCGAGAAAUGUUUUAUUUUGAUUCUUGUAUAUCACUUUGUACAUAAGAUUCCAUAGAUGCUAUUGUACCAUACUUGUCUUAGAUCUCAGCUACAACUAAUGAUAUGAA